GCGGCCUGGUCACAUGAUGCCAUCCUGGAACAUUUAAAGUCAUGGGGCCAAGUAUUGGAAAUAUCCUUUAAGACACAACACAAGUAUCAGUCCGUUUGGACUAAAAUGAUACUAAAACCAACUGUAGACACGGACUUUGUUAUGAGAACGUGGCAACAAAAAUUGGGUGAUGGUCUUGUCCGCUGGUAUCCUGGACAUUGGAAAUUAAGAGAACAUAAGGCUUGGGAACAUUUUCAAGUAAAAUUUUCUCUUCUGGAAGACUGGAAAUCUAAUCCGUUAGCAUUCAGUUACCACAAUAAUCAAUCCUUUGAACAUACAUUGAGUCAUAAAUUGAAGGGUCACGCUUUUAUUCAUUUAAAGGUGCAUGGGAUAUGUCAGUUGAUUGCUUACUUUGAAACGCAUGAACACCUACUUAGAUGUAUGGAAUUUAAGCAUCAUUGGAAGCUGACCAUUUCAACUCCUCCCACAAAAAAAAUUCCUCAAAAGUCCAAAAAGGACAAAAAACCUUAUUCACAGCAAAGUAAAGGGAAAAAUUUGGGCAAAUCGCUCAGUUCCUUGACUCGUUCGUGCAACAAAUCCAAUACUCAACAAAAGACUGAAGACACGCGUUCUUUACUUUUAAAACUCCUGAACCUUUUGGUAUAA